GUUUGUACGCCAGUAGAGGAGGACAAUAAAAAUGGCUCGACCCCCGGCCACAAUGGCCUUCCUGCCACUUGACUGUGCCUCAUAAAAGCUCCUUGUCGACCCCAGUUUGCAACCCUUUUCCCUAACCCUCUACGACAGCUGACGAGAGUUUUUCUUUUUCAUUCUCUUCUUCACAUCGCUCAGGAGCGACGUUUAUCUCAUUCUCCGUUUACGACUUCAAAAUGUUCAAGAACAUUGUAAUCUCUCUUCUUCUCUCGACAUACGUGUCCGCACAUGGAUAUAUAGCGUCAGUCGACAUCAACGGAAAACAUUUUCCUGGAAAUGUCCCCAAUGGCGAAACUAAGCCCAGCAUAAUCCGACAGAUUGGGGACGUUUCUCCAGUAAAGGGUGCAACCAACAAGGACCUGUUCUGUGGAAUAAAUGAACAAGUGGCAUCGGAUCUAACCACGGCUAACCCUGGCGAUACGAUUUCAUUUGACUGGAGGGGCGGGGAUAACAGUUUAUGGCCUCACAACACCGGCCCUAUGCUUACUUACAUGGCCUCCUGCGGUCCCGAUCCAUGCAAUAAAUUUGAUGACCGAAACGCGAAAUGGUUCAAAAUCCAGCAAGUGGGACGCAAAGGCAAAGGCCAAGAAUGGGCUCAGCAAGAUCUCAUGAAGGGUGCUGUCGCAACGAUUAAGCUUCCAUCCACACUUGCUCCAGGCAACUAUCUUAUUCGUCACGAAAUCAUCGCUUUGCAUCUUGCGGAAAGUGACGGGGGUGCAGAAUUUUACCCUGGCUGUGCGCAGAUAACAGUUGGUGGGAAUCAGAAUGGACGGCCUAAGGAUGAAGAGACCGUUGUUUUUCCCGGUGGUUACCAUGACCAAGAUCCUGGCAUUCUGGUCCCGAACGCCUUCGAUGCCAAUGCAGACUACAACUUUCCAGGUCCUGCCAUUGCCAGGUUUGUUACAGACUCUCCUUCCAAUGGUGGCAGCAACUCUGGGAACGGUCAAGGAUCCGGUUCGAGCAAUGGCAGUGGAUCCGGGACUACCAGUCCGAAUGGUGGCAACAAUGGAACGACUUCAGAUCCAUCUGGCAGCAGUUCAUCCUCACAUGCGCCUUCAUCCCAGGGUACAUGUAGACUGAAGAAGCGCGGCGUCGCCGUCUUCAAACGUGCUCAAUAUCAGGAUUACGAACGAAGUGAUGUCGUGAGGAUAUAUCGGCCGAAGCAUAUAUCACGUAUCAUGAGGAAUCUCCUCAGCAGGAGGGGAUUCGACAUGGCACCUGUGGACUCUUGAGUGCUCUACAGUUGUAUACUUGUGACCACGAGAAGCGUUAAGAUGAUCAUGACCACCACUUAUUAUCAUGUCUCAUGUCGGUGUAUUUAUACGAUCUCACUUAUAUCUAUGUAGCAGUAUUUUACCUCUGUAUCUCAUAGAACCCGUCGGAUGUCGAUCAUCCGCAUACAUGAAUUUUGGAAAUUCAAUCCUGCUGGUCUUGCACUCAUUA